AUGUCUAUCAGCUACGACAAGCACGACAAGGAGAAGACGGGCGGCCUCGGACACGGCGGCUCCACCGUCGACGUGACCACCGCGGCCGCGAACACGAAGGGCGGGUACUCUGACGUUGUUGUCCACGACGCCGUGUUCGGCGACCUCGAGAGCGGCGGCCCCAACUUCCGCGGCGUGUCCGCGCCCGGCGCGUUCGUGCUCAUGACCAAGGCAAACUUCGGCCUCGGCGUGCUCGGCAUCCCGUCCGUCUUCCACACGCUCGGCCUCGUCCCCGGCAUCAUCGCCAUCUGCGGCAUCCAGUUCAUCUACGCGUGGUGCGCGUCCUUCAUCGGCCAGACCAAGCUUAUCCACCCCGAGAUCUACUCGCUCGCCGACGCCGCCUUCAUCUUCGGCGGCAAGAUCGGGCGUGAGGUCUUCUGCGCCAUCUUCAUCAUUUUCUUCAUCUUCUGUGGCUCGGGCGCCAUUAUCGGCGUGUCGACCGCCCUCAACGCCGUCUCGUCCCACGGCGCAUGCACGGCCGUCUUCAUCGCCGUCGCCGCCGUUGUCGGCCUCAUCCUCUCGUCCAUCCGCACGCUCUCCAAGGUGUCCUGGGUCGGCUGGGCAGGCCUCGUGUCCAUCCUCUCGGCCAUUUUGACCGUCACCGUGGCCGUCGGCCGCCAGGCUCGCCCCGCCGAGGCGCCCCAGACCGGCCCCUGGGACAAGGGCUUCCUCAUCAUCGGCCGCCCGUCCUUUGCCGAGGCCAUGGGUGCCAUCAACGUCAUCCUCUUCUCGUCCGCCUCCUCGCCCAUCUACUACGGCAUCAUCUCGGAGAUGCGCGACCCCAGGAAGUACCCCAAGGCCAUGUACCCGUGCUACGCCUUCCUCACCGGCGUGUACCUCAUCAUCGGCGCCGUCGUCUACUACUUCUGUGGCCAGUACGUCGCCAACCCCGCCCUCGGCUCGGCCGGUCUCCUCCUCAAGAAGAUCUGCUACGGCCUCGCCCUCCCCGGUCUCUGCGCCUCGAUGACCAUCUUCAACCACGUCUCGGCCAAGCUCGUCUUUGUCCGCAUCCUAGGCGGUACAAAGCACCUCACCAGCAACACGUGGCAGCACUGGACCACCUGGCUCGGCAGCACGACCUCGUGCAUCAUCGUCGCGUACAUCAUCGCCUCGGCCAUCCCCAACUUUGGCUCCAUCAUCUCGCUUGUCGGUGCCCUCUUCUGCCCCAUCUCCGCCAUGGCCCCCAUGAUGCUCUCGUGGAUCCACGACAACGUCCGCGCCAACCCCAACCGCCUCACCAGCCGCCAGAGAAUCAUCUUUGCCGUCAACAUUGUCUUCCUCAUCUUCUGUGUCUUCUUCACCGGUGCUGGCACCUACGCUGCCAUCAAGGACAUUAUCAGCGGCGGUAACAACGGUGGCCCCUGGUCGUGCGACAACAACUCGGGUGCCACGCACUAA